UUUUUCCGACUAAACCCUAGGUAUAUAUUUACUUUCGCAGCAUUUCUUCAUCUGCAAAACCAGGAAGAAGAAAAUGGCCGCCGCAGCAUCCCGACCUCUCGUCACCGUCCAGCCCCUGGAGGGGGACAUGGCUACUGAUUCAGCUGCCACUGUAACCCUUCCCGAUGUCAUGAAAGCCUCAAUCCGCCCAGAUAUCGUGAACUUCGUUCACGCCAAUAUCUCAAAGAAUAGCCGCCAGCCAUAUGCGGUGUCGAAGCGUGCCGGUCACCAGACUUCGGCCGAGUCCUGGGGUACUGGUCGCGCCGUUUCCCGUAUCCCCCGUGUUCCCGGUGGCGGUACACACCGCGCGGGCCAGGGUGCAUUCGGGAACAUGUGCCGUGGUGGGCGUAUGUUCGCUCCGACGAAGAUCUGGCGCCGCUGGCACCGGAAAAUCAAUGUGAAUCAGAAGAGGUACGCAGUUGUUUCGGCCAUCGCCGCCUCUGCUAUCUCCUCCUUGGUGAUGGCUCGUGGCCAUCGCAUUGAAUCUGUGCCGGAAAUGCCACUGGUUAUUAGUGACUCAGCGGAGGGGGUUGAGAAGACUUCGGCGGCUAUCAAGGUGUUGAAGCAGAUUGGUGCGUAUCCUGAUGCGGAGAAGGCGAAGGACAGCCACGCCAUUCGUCCUGGAAAAGGUAAGAUGAGGAACCGUCGUUAUAUCUCGCGCAAGGGUCCACUGAUCGUGUAUGGUACUGAAGGUGCCAAGCUGGUGAAAGCGUUCAGGAAUAUUCCGGGUGUGGAGGUGGCGAAUGUGAAGAGAUUGAAUCUACUGAAGUUGGCUCCUGGUGGGCACUUGGGAAGGUUCGUGAUCUGGACGAAAUCUGCUUUUGAGAUGCUGGAUUCUAUUUAUGGUACCUUCGAGAAGCCAUCGGAGAGCAAGAAGGGUUACGUGCUGCCACGUUCUAAGAUGGUGAAUGCAGACUUGUCCAGAAUCAUCAACUCGGACGAGGUGCAGUCAGUCGUCAAGCCGAUCAAGAAGGAGGUGAAGAGGGCGCAGAUGAAGAAGAACCCACUGAAGAACCUCAAUGUGAUGCUCAAACUCAACCCUUACGCCAAGACAGCGAGGAGGAUGGCUCUUUUGGCCGAGGCCCAGCGCGUCAAGUCUAAGAAGGAUAAGCUGGAGAAGAAGAGGAAACCUGUUACAAAGGAGGAAGCAGCUGCAAUCAAGGCUGCUGGAAAGAAUUGGUUCAAAACUAUGAUAAGCGACAGUGAUUACACUGAGUUUGAAAAUUUCUCCAAAUGGUUGGGUGUCUCUCAGUAAUUUUCUUGGUUUAUUUUGGGGUGUUCAUGAAUGUAAGGAGUCAGAAAGUUCCAUGCUUGUUUCUUCUGUCUCAUUUUUGAUUUUGCAGCUUAGAUUUUUGGUGACAUUAUUAAAUUACAUGUAUGUGAUAAGAGAUAUCACAUUCCAACUUACUUGAUGGGAAUCCAGGGGUCUUGACUUUAAACAAAUUUAGCAGCUUAUUAUUUUAGUUCGAAGUUGCCA